AAAAACAAAAAAGCUCACCUUAAUUUAUCCAUUAAAAUAUCUCUCUGUAUUUUUUUUUUUCGGUUCUUCUACUGUGUUUCAAUGGGGAUCCCCUCUUUCCAAACCCUAACUUUACCUACAUUCUUCUUCUUCUUCGUCUCCAGUUACCUCUUAGCUUACUUUCGUAUCUUCCAUAACUGGGAUCCCAAACACCGUGCUGAAGCUUCAAGCUGUUUCAUCUCAUUAACCCAUGGUACCCCAGCUGUUUUCCUGGCGAUCCACGCAUUAACAACCCACACCACCAAAUCACCAUCUCCACCCACUUUCUCUUCACCAAACACUUUCCUCCAUAACACCGUUCUGGAAUUCAGCAUCUCUUACUUUUCAAUCGACCUUCUUCAUUACUUAAUAUUUUUCCCUAAUGAUACCCUCUUUAUCCUCCAUCAUUUAGCUACCCUUUACGUGUUCUUCACUUGUCGGUUCAUUGUUCACCAUGGGUCGUUUGCCCUUCUUGUUCUUCUUAUCUUAGCUGAAAUCACUAGCUUCUGUCAAAACGUAUGGACUCUUGCUGGGUAUCGUAAAGCUGAUCUUCCUGUUGCGGGUAAGGUGUUCGACCUUAUGUCUCUUCCGUUUUUUGCCUUUUACACUAUCGUUAGGGGUAUCAUUGGACCUCUCUUUGUGUAUAAAAUGGGGGUGUUUUACAUAAACCAGAUGGCUGGGGAUUCAAUCCCGGUAUGGGCUUGGGUUUCUUGGAUGAUUGUGAUUGUUACAGCCAUUUUGAUUAGUAUAGUUUGGGUGUUUGAUCAUUGGAUAGAUUGGUUUAAAAGAAGAAAAGCUAUGAACAAAUUGGCAUAGAAUUUUGGGGGCUGCCUCCAAUUUUUAAAGAACAAUAGAUUCAUAUGAUUUGAAGAUUAUAAUUUAUAGGUGAUUUCAUGAGGUUCCUUGACUAUUAAAUUAACUAAAGUUUUUGUAGGAAUUUGUACAGUAAGAUUUACUGUGCCUUUACUGUAACAUUUAUAUAUACAUUUCCUUAUAUUCGAAUUCGGAUCUUGAGCCUCUCAAGCUCUUCUAUCGUAA